AUGAAGACCAUGAAGUCUCGCCGCGGCGGUACCGAUCGCGGGGGCAUCCGUAAGCGGGGCCCUACUCGCACCGACCGAGAUGGAGACAUGGACAUGGAAGCCAGUGGCUCUCGAGCCCGGAGGAAUCGCACCGAAGCUGGCCGUUCCGCUUUGGGUGGCCGCAUCUCAGGCGCAGGAAUAGGUGGCAGAGCGGCGGGUAGCGGUGGUCGAACCCACGCCCGCGACCAGAAUGUCGACCUGAUCCAGCGCGCAAUCGCCAGCACCGAAUCGCAGGCCAACAUCCGGCAAAGCAGGAGGAACAACACCAAGCAGCCCAGGGAGAAAAUGCAAGCGGUCUCUAUUCGUGGAUGGAAAGAUAGCAAGACAUCGAACCACAAGGACAAGGGCCGUGAGGCUCUCCUUGGGUUCCUUGAACGCCGCAUGAACACGAUCACCAAGUCUGGACCCCGCGUCAGAAUCACUCAGCACGAGAAGAAAAGCGACGAUAACAUGGUCGUAUAUCUUCCUCACGAUCAGGCCGAGAGGAUGCUUCGACUCAACGGAAACGUUUUUGCCGGUGUCAACAUUACCGUCACGCUGUACAAUGCCGACGACGCGCUUGCAAAUGAGCUAGCACCAGAAGACGCAACUCCUGGCUCCACCGCCGACACCAAAACCAAGAUGCAAGCCAUCCUCGACAAACGAUACUACGCUGCCAACAAGCUGCUUGACAUGUCGGAUCUGGGAAACGACCCCGAUCUGCAGGCAAUGGGUAUCUUCAAUACCACCUCCACCGAGUCAAAGUUCUUCCCCGCUCUUAUGAAAGUUUGGGAGAUGCGCUACGACAGUUCUGCAGCCCGACGUGAGGCAGUUGAUAGUGCCAGUCUGGCGAGCAACAAUCUCCCCAACAUCAACGUCGUGACUACCCUCGCCCAAACUGUCCCGGACAUCAAAAACCUGGACCUCUCCAACAACAGUUUCAAAGAUGCGCAGUCCAUGAUUGGAUGGCGGUGGAAGUUCCGCAACCUUGUCCUCUUGGACAUGACUGGAAACCCUUUUUGUACUCUUCCAAACUUCAAGGACACCAUGCUCAAGUGGUAUCCUAAAUUGCAAGUUUUGAACAACGUUCAGGUGCGCACCCCAGAGGAGGUUGCGCUGCAGAAGAAGACCCCGAUUCCCGUCCAGCCACCUCACUUCAACGACGAAGCCCAAAUUGGCGAGAACUUCGUCCGGGCCUUUUUCCCGGGCUACGAUAAUGAUCGCAACUCCCUUGUUUCCAAUGUCUAUGACAACGAAUCGGUCUUUUCCCUCAAUGUCAACACCUCGGCGCCACGAUCCAUGGCCACCGAAACCGCAGGUUGGGGUGAAUACAUCAAGAAGAGCCGAAACCUCGAUAAGAUCAGCCACCUGCCUGCGCGCAUGUCACGCUCCUUCCAAGGAGUUGAAGCCAUCCGCGAGGCUUUCACUUCUCUCCCACCCACUCGCCACCCCGACAUGGCUGCCAAGGCGGACCAGUGGCUCUUCGAGUGUUACCCAAUUCCCGGUCUUCCCGACCCCACUGGGCAGAGUCCCUACGGCGUUGGCGGUCUCUCACUCACUGUGCACGGUCAGCUAGAGGAGAGCGUUGGCGGCAAAAUCGAAAUUCGCAGCUUUGACCGCACUUUCAUCCUCGGACCUGGAAAUACUCCUGGUGGCAUUCGAAUCAUCAACGACACUUUCUGUCUGCGUGCCUAUGGAGGACACGAGGCAUGGAUUCCUGACUCCGUGGCACUUCCGCAGGCUGCAGCCCCUGCUCCUGGUGCCCCCUCCGCCGCGGCUCCUGCAGCUGCUCCUGGUGCUCCCGAUGGAUAUGGCUUACCUCAGCCUGGAAAAUCCGACACUCAGCUCCAACAGGAGCAAAUGGUUGCACAGAUGAGUGCCAAAUCUGGCAUGACUAUUCAAUACUCUGAAAUGGCUCUUUCGGGCAACUCUUGGGAUGCUGAAGCUGCAUGGAAAAACUUCGAGCAACUCAAGGCUUCUGGCACUUUGCCCCCAACCGCCUUCGUCUCUCCCCCUUGA